UAACAAUAGUAAAAGUUUGCCCUUUUUUUUCACUUUCAAGAAAGAAAAAAAACUUGGUCUAAUAUGCAUGACCUAUGAUGGCGGUAAAGUCGGUUUUAACGGCUAAGAUUUCCGAUCCCUGAAAUUCUCUCUCUCUUCCAAUUUUCCAAAACAGAGUCUGUUUUCUCGCGAUUGCCCAGAACGAAUAUUUCUUUUCCCCCCUUUUCCUCUUUCCAAAGACUGUAAGAAUAAUUUAAUGUGUUGUGUGUAUAAAUAAAUACAAAAAAUACUGAUCCCAGAUUAAUCCAACGACGACCAUCAAAUCUCACCAUCCAAACCCUAAUCUGAAACCAUCGUUCCCUCUAUUUCUCUCUCUACAACCUCCAAAUUCCGAUCUCAUAUUCCUCUCCUCGCUACCCGAUCCAGAGGCUUCAGACCUUUCUCCUUCGAGAUCUCGCCCCACGCGCCUGUUUCCGCCUCCAUCAUGGUCGUGAGCGGAGGGAAGGGCCUCAAACGCGCCGCGAAGAAGAGAGUCACCGCCGACUUCUACGACUUCCUAACGUUCCCCACGCCGGCGCUCGCCGAGUCGGAGAACUUCGCCGGCGGACCGUUCCGCUCCAACGUGCGCGCCUUUCUGACGAAGCACGCGCUGCUUCCGCCACCGUCGGCGCUCUUUCCGCACCUGCUGACGUGGCAGAUCGUCUUCCGCGUCGGCGAACUCACCGAGGGCCCCGACGCGCCGGCGGUGUGCCUCGACGUCGUCGAGGAGGAUGUCGCCAGAUCCAGAUCCGUUUACUGCGAUCAGUGCCGAGUUUUCGGUUGGAGCGGCCAUCCAGUGUGCGGGAAACGUUACCAUUUUAUAAUCAAAGCCGAUGGGAGCUCCAUUGGUGGGUACCACAAGCCGUGUAUGUGCUGUGGAGACAUCUUGCAUUUGUCAGAAUCCAAAUGCAAGUCAUGCAACCAUGUGACCACCACUGAUGACGUCGAAGACUGGGUGUACCACCAAUUAGAAAACACAACUCAUCUUUUACAUGGAGUAGUCCAUGCCAAUGGAUAUGGGCACCUUCUUCGGGUUAAUGGAAGAGAAGGGGGCUCUAGAUUUCUUUCUGGUAUUCAUAUUAUGGAUUUCUGGGAUCGUCUAUGCAAGACUCUUGGAGUCAGAAAAGUUAGUGUGAUGGAUGUUUCAAAGAAAUAUGGGAUAGAGUAUCGCAUGCUCCAUGCCAUUAUGAAGGGACAUCCGUGGUAUGGUGACUGGGGUUAUAAAUUUGGCUCUGGUAGCUAUUGUCUUACUCAUGAAGCAUACAAGUCUGCUGUUGAAAGCCUAUCCAAUCUACCCUUGUCCACCUUUUCCCACGGACGGAUGCCCAACUCUCGUGUGGAGGACAUGAUUAAAUAUUACCAGUCUUUGUCAGAGCACGAGCUUGUAAAUAUAAGGGACCUCUUUUGUUUCAUAAUGGGUUUGAUUGGUGAUGCUCACAAGACUGCAUCAAAUGUUGAUGAGACAACCUGCAAGAAGCGUUGUUUUAAUGCUUCUGGACUGUCAAUGUCAUGGGAUAAGAGUGGCAUUGAACGUGUGGAGCAAGCCAUGAUCAGAGUGCUGUGUGCAGUGUCUGAGUCCAAGUGGGUGAGCUGGCGUGCUCUUAGGGGUGCAGCCUCCAAGUUGGGCUCUCCAGAGCUGCUUGAUUAUUGCCUUGGAGAACUGGGAGGAAAAAUGGUCUAUGGUGGAAUGGUUGUUAAUAGCCAAUGCAAUCCUCAAACUGGAGUUUAUGAGUUCAGACUUGAGGCUGCAACUGGUGCUUGCUAUGGAAUUUUAGCAAAGAAUAAUUCUCUGGGCUCGAAGUAUCCAUCUGAAGAAAACCUCCUACAAUGCUUGAGAUAUUUAUACGACUCUUUGCUUCAUCCUCAGAUGAUGGUAAACUAUGAAGCAGGGACAAGGACUCUUGCAAUGAACUCAGCUCAGAAGCUUUUUGACUGCAAGCAGUUUGUAAAAGAUUAUAAUCCUGAGAUGUGGCCAUUGUCAGAUUCGCAGAUGUUUCGCCUCUCAUGUCAUGUUGAACUUGUAGAUGAAUUUGAAGAUUCAGAAGCUAUAACUCCACCAGAAUUAGUUGUGCUGCCCCUGAAUGCCACGGUGGCUGAGCUUAAGAAUCAAGCAGCAAAUGCUUUUCAAGAUGUAUAUCUAAGGUUCAGAAGACUUCAAGUUGAUGGGCUACAUGGUUAUAGCGGUGUCGACGAUUCCACCCAGGUCAAGCUCUUGUUAGGAUCGAGAGAUGUAGUUUGUGUCCGAGGAAGAUGCAUCGGGAAGAAUGGGUUGAGCAAGUUCCGAAUGGAAAGGGGACUUGAGAGGUGGACUGUAGAUUGCAGCUGCGGGGCCAAGGACGAUGAUGGAGAGAGAAUGUUGGCGUGUGAUAUAUGUGGAGUGUGGCGACACACCAGGUGUUCUGACAUCCAUGAUACUGAUCCUGUUCCAGCUCGUUUUGUUUGCCUGAAAUGCCAAAACUGUGAAUCAAAACUCAAAUGUAGUGGGCACUGCAAAGAUGAGACCGUGACUAACGUUAGUGGUAGUAGUUGCUUCAGAAACGGCUUGCCAGUGCCAUCUGAUGUUAUUUGAUUAGUCAGAUUAGAUGUGUAUGAAAAGCUCCUUUUUUUUUUGCUUUGGCCUGAAAGAACAUGUACAUAACACAGAUAGGCCUUAGAGGUAGUAGGUUCAGGGAUGGGGCAUGUCUUGUUCAUAUUUCAGCAGGUUCUACCUUCGGUUGUUUAUUGUGUGUAUAUAUAGUACUAACUGAAAGAUGUGGACGGGGGUAGUGAGAGUAUUCAACUUUCUUUUCUUCUGUUCAAAAGGAGCUUCUUGGUAAAUUUAGAGCGAAUUCUAAUGAUUAUGGGUCUUCUUUUUAUGCUAAAAGUGAUUAUGGUCUUCUGACAACA